UCCAUAGUAGCGAAAUGUAGUGCUGUAGACCCGGACGACCGUUUAAUUUGUUAAUAUAUUGCAAUUAUUGUUGUAUUCAACAGUCAGUGAGAAAAUCUAGUUAUGCAGCUUUUGUGUAAAAUUGCGGCAUGCUUAUUGUGUAUAAUAAUGUACAUGUAUACAGGAGAGGCCAGAACGGUGAGACAUAAGAGAGCGAUAUGGAACUUUGCAUAUCAACUUACCUAUUAUUUUGGAGCAAGUCAAGCCUUUUCACUUUUAGACUACGGUUGUUUUUGUGGAUGGUAUGGUGAAAGCAAACCACUAGAUGGCGUGGAUCAAUGUUGCAAAGACCACGAUGAUUGCUAUGGUCGUGUAGACAGAUGUUGGCCUAAAACUUGGCCUUAUGCGUAUGAUCUCCAAAACAAAACAGUUAACUGUCAAGAUAGUCCCGAUUCAUGUAAGGGGAAGGUAUGCAUGUGUGAUAAAACAUUUGUGGACUGUCUUCAUAACAACACGUUCAAUCUAGACAAUUACAAUAUAAACCACGAUACGCAUUGCAAGGGGAGAUAAUAAAUUUGUUCACUAUUA